AUGGCACUUUACAAAAUUAUUGGUGAAGAAGAGUUUCCUGUUAGUUUCGACGAUGAAGUUUUCCACGUUGCUCCAUAUUUCCCUGGCUUAAAACUUGCAAAGAAUGAUUUUGAACCUGAAUUUUCACAUCCUGGACCCGGUGAGCACACUAAUUUCUACACGGAGGAAUUCAUUGCAACAGAAAACAGUCACGGUAUCAUUAUGAAUAGUUUCCGGGAACUCGAACCAGAAUUUGUGGACCACUGGAACAGAGAAGCUUUGCCUAGAGCUUGGUGUAUUGGACCACUCUGCCUUGCAUCUGAGAAAAAGGUUGUGUCCGAACGAAACAGCAGACCCAUGUGUACUCAAUGGCUUAAUGAAAUGUCAAAGAUGGAAAAACCAGUCUUGUAUGUUGCAUUUGGGUCGGUUAUAGAAAUGACAAUUGAGCAAUAUAGAGAAAUUGCAAUUGGAUUGGCGAACUCUGGGGAAACUUUCUUGCCAAUGUUGGGGUUUCCAAUAACAGCUGAUCAACAUUUGAAUGCAAGAAUGAUUGAAGAGUAUUUUAGAAUUGGUGUUAAGGUUGUAACAAGAACUGGUUCCGUUCGCGGGUUUUUUGAUUCGGAGUGUAUUGAGAAGAAAGUGAAAGAACUGACGAAUAUAGAAGAUGAGAAAUGGAAGGAAAUGUCGAAGAAUGUGAAGAAGCUCAGUGAAAGAGCUAGAGAUGCAAUGGAGGUAGGAGGGUCUUCUUGGCAUAGUCUAAACUUGCUGAUCGAUGAGGUUGUUUAUGGCAAGGAAAAUUUAAAGAUUAUAUAA